UUUUUUUAAUUUCUUUUUUUCCCUCCCCUGUUUCCUUCCCUUCUUCCGCUUUCUUCUCCUUCUUCCCAGCCCUCUCCCGAUGCUGCUCCGGGGGACUGAUGGAGGGGAGCCCGCCCGCUGAGGCGCGGCGCCUGCCGCGGCCCCCCAAGCAGCACAGCCCGAGCGGCCGCAGCGCUGCCCCGCCGGAGCGGCCCGAGCCCGCCCCCGGCCCCCACGCCGUGCUGGAGAGCAAGGUGAAGGCGCUCAAGGAGAAGCGGGGCGGACGGUCCGGGACCUCCGCGGCUGCCCCCGAGCGCCCCUCGCCCAAGAAGCCGCGGCCCCGGCGGGGRAAGGCGGGCGUGGAGSCGGCGGCGCUGGAGCCGCGGGCKCAGCUCCGGACCUACCUGACGGACGGGCUGCUGGACGGAGGGGAGCCGCUGCCGGACAGCCCCCCGGCCCCCCGAACCGGCACCCCGGGGCUCUGGCGGGUCCCGGCASCCAGGGGAGAUGUGCUCGGAGGCCCCGAGCUGCCCCCGGACAAGGGCAGCAGGUCCUGGCGCUCUGCCUCCCUCCAUGAGAGACCCUCCGUGGGGGAAGAGGYGCGGACCCCGCCGCGGGACCGGAGGGGUCCCUCUGUGUCCCCUCCCACGGCCGAGAGCUGGGAGAGGCUGUCGCUGGCUGAGCGGGUGGAGAGGAACCGGCGGCUGCUGCAGGAGGUGCUGGGCCUCGSCGCACCCGAGAUGCCGGCGAGUGACGGGGACUGGGACUCAGGGGUCUCGCUGCAGGACGCCGAGGGCUGCAGGGCCUUUGUCCCCGGGCAGGAUCUCGAGCUGAGCCCGCGGCACGAGCAGGCCAAGCAGCUGCUGCAGCGCGCCCGCAUGAAGGCUCGGACGAACCCCCUGCGCGCCAGCCACGACAUCCUCCUGCUCCCCGCCGCCGYCCCGCACCCCAGGGAGCCCAGCGGGAGGCUGAGCGUCGCUCCGCGGGACGGCGGCAGCCUGAGCGACUCGUCCAGCGGGGAGUCGAGCUGCGGGCGGCCGCGGCGGCCGCGGGGACCGUCCCCAUCCCGCGUCCGCUUCGAGGACGAGUCGGCCCGGGACGCCGAGGUGCGCUACCUGGAGCGGCUGCAGCUGCGGCACCGGCGGGCGCUGGGCUCGGCGCUCCCCUCGCCGGAGCCGGCCGGCAGCAGGCAGCCGGGGGACGGGGCUGGCCAGCCCAAAGCCCGCAGUGGCGACCUCGUGGCCGGGGGCAAAUGCAGCGCCUGCGGCUCCUUCCUCGGUGCCGCCGCCGGCCGGGGCACGGACACGCAAGCUGCCCCCGACGCGGUCAGAAGUAGCCCCGCGGCACAAAGAAGCGUCCCGGGGGAGGGCAGAGGGCCGAGCCCCGCCCAGACGGAGCCCAAAAUCAGACCUCUGGGCCCCGGAGGGUCCCCGCUGUGGAUCCUGCCCUCCCGGCAGCGCAUCCACACCGAGAAGAUCAAGGAGACUUACAUCGGGGAUGUCACCUACAUUGAUGAGGUGGACUCRGCCCUGGAGAGCACCGACACGUCCGACGGCUGCCGGACGGACAGCGAGGAGGCGGGACCCCGCAGCCCCCACCUGCGGGGGCACCGCGACCCCCGGACUCGCGGGCACAGAACUCCCCGUGCCGCCCCGCAGCCGGAGGCGAGGCCCAGGAAGGGGACGGGUGUGGCCAGCGGUGGCCCCGGUGCCAAGGAUGGGGACUCGAGUACUGCCACAAAACAAACGGGGGCUGUUUGCCCCCCUCCACCGGGAAGAACCAGGGAAGACGGGGAACCCCAUCRGCAUCUGGGGGACAGCAAGGGAGUGGGAAACACCGCUCGUCCCUUGCAGCAGCCCAACGAGCCCCAGGAGCCUUCCCCACAGCUGAGRACCAGCACCCCCAUUCCAGGCACCCACGUCCCUGCUCCCCCUCCUACCAAGAAGGCCUGCUCUCAGGUGCCUUGCAGGAAAGCCCUGUUCUGCAGCAGCAGCCGCCAGGCAUCAAGCCAAGGAGCCCGGGGCCCAGAGCCAGAUGCUGGCAGUGCCACCCCAGCCCAGCCCGGGGACACRGCAGGGCCAAGUGAGCGGCGGAGUCCCUGCAGCCCCAGGUGGCUCCCGAGGAGCCCCCUCCGUGCCUUGUCCACCAACAACUGCAACAACACCCACGGGCAGGACGCCCCGGGGACGGACAGAGGGGCACUGUCACACCCUGCCGCCAGCCCUGUCACCCCCGUGCCCCAGGAGGCUGCUCGUCCUGCUGGGGAAGGUGCCGGGACACCGGGAGCGCAGCAGCAGCCGGCUGGGAACACAGCACACGGGGAGCCGGGGCGGCCCGUGAGCCGCAAGGGCAGCAGCGCUUCGGCCUCGGGGCUGAAGAAGCUCCUGUGCAGCCUGAGCCAGAGCACCAAGCAGCGCCUGGGCCGCUUCCGCUGCUACAGCAUGGAGCAGCUCCCGGCCCCUGGCGGCUCCCCACCGGCUGACCCCGGCGUCAAGAAAUCACCAUCCCUGCAGUCCCUGCAGCUGGUGUCGCCCUUCUGCCAGCCCCAAAAAGCCGCCUCUAUCCAGAGCCUGCAUCCWCAGCUGGGCAAGGCAUCCCGCGCCAGCGCCUACCUCCUGCCCCAGACCACGGCUGACAGGAAGGGGGGCUCAGGGCCGCGGCGCUCGCUGAGCGUGGAGGACAUCGGGGCKCCCGGCCGGCUGCGCGCGGUGGGGCGCGUGGUCGAGGUCUUUCCUGAUGGCACCAGCCAGCUGGARCUGCAGMGACCCCCCCACGGCGCCUUUGGGUUCUCCGUCACCUCCGGACACGGCCGGCCCGACACAGGUGUCUACGUGCAGGAGAUGGUGGAUGCCGGCACGGCCAAGCUCUAUGCGGGGCUCCUGGGUGUGGGGGACGAGAUCCUGCAGGUCAACGGUGCCACCGUCUCAGGGCUGGGGCUGGCCCGCAUCCGUGAGCUGCUGCUCCAGGCAGACACCCUGUCCCUCCGCGUGCUCCGGCACCGCCCGGCGCCACGGUAGCCCUGGCACGGCUCCUGCGAAGCCCGCCGGGAUGAGGUCCCAGUGAUGUCCCAGGAUGGCAGAAUGACACGGCACGGACCAAGCUGCAGUGCCAGGACCUGCACAUGCUCCACUGCAGUGGGGGCAGGUGGCUUUCCUGGCCCCGUGUGGGCCCAGGGACUCCCCAGAGUCUCCAGGAGCUGCCCAACUGUGGGGACAGGGGACAGCCCUGAACUGGGUAUAUCUGUCCUGCUGGGCACUGGGGUGAGCAGCAGGGGGACACCCCAUCUCCRUGACCCCAGGUCCAGAGGGCUCCCUACCAGCACUGCCACUCUGUGCUGGAGGGCUGGUAGGGUUCUUUUAARUUAUUUCAAACUGAAACUCAAAAAUAUAUCUCUGCAAUAACAAAACAGUGCCCUUAGCUUGUGGCAUAGAGGGGCUGGGGUGGCACUUGCUGGCAUGGGGCCUUUGCUACUUGUUUUGCCAUGGCCCUGCUGCUCCACCAGCUACCUCCUGACCACGUUGUGCUGCUGGGGGGCCCUGGGCAGGCAGAUGGGGGGCUCAGCCACCUGUAGGACUUCUUGGGGAAUUUGAGGGGCUUUUUCCACUCAUAGAAGGCAAAACACAUCCUUGGAAUGCAUCCCUCCAGCAACAGUGGCAUGGCAGCAAUGGCUGCCCUCUGUACCUUGGUGCCCCAAUCUGGGUACGGCUGCCUGCUGCAUCUCCUGUAUCUGGGCACACCAUGCUGACAUGACCCCGAAAACGGCAGCUGCUGCUUAUGCCUCAAAAGCCAGGAAGGUGAUGCCUGCCAAAUGCUGCUGGGAGAGCUUUUCCCACUCCCAGGUGCCAGGAGACCCGCAGCUUGUCACGGGAGUAAGAGUCAGGCAAGAAAGAUCAGAGAGCUG